CGACUGCGCUAUGAAGCCGAUCGUCCUCUUCCUGGCCCUGGCACUGGUGCCGGCAUGCCUGGCGGGGCGCAACACCGUGCUGCACGCCAGGCGGCAGCUGCUGGCCGCCGACAUCUCACAGACGCAGGCUGACUCCAUUCUGGGCGUCUGGCAGAUCAAGGACAGCAGCGAGAAGAUCUUUUCAUCCGAGCUGGCCGCUCUGCUCAUGGCCAAGCAGUACAAGGAAACCCAGAAGGUCGACAGCCAGAAGGCCUUUGCCCAGGCCCAGGACUUGUCCAGCCUCCGUGAGCUCGUGCCCAACCGUGGCGACGCCGGGGCCGCAGCCCCCAAGAAGCGCACCCUGCAGGCGAGCGACGGAAGGCGCUGGCGGCGGCUCGGGCGGCACGAGGCACUGCAGUGCCGCUGCCGGGCUGAGCGGGGCCCGGCCUCGGUCGUCAUCUACGGAGCAGAUGCAACCACCCACUUCUGGGCCGGUGCUGUGGUCUUCAAGGAGGAUGGCAAGGUGAUCGGGGCCUCAGCCAUCGAUGGCUUUGUGUACCUGUCUGACAAUUUGGACCCCAGCAAGCAAGGCGUGACGAUCGAGGGCGCCAGCUUCGACGGCCAUCUGGAGCUGUAUGGCAUGAUGACGGGGGAGGGCAGCAUCAUGUUUUCGGUGCAGAACCGGCUAGCAGGGGGGGCGCCAGUGGACCUGGGCUAUCUGGCCACAGGCAUGUUUGAGGUGACCGACGAGGAUGUGAACACCGUCCUGACCGAGGUUGCCGCCAACCUGGCCAGCGACUUUGACGACGGCACGCCCGACACGGAUGACAAGCCCGGUGCUGGCGCUGGCGCUGGCGCUGGCGCUGGUGCUGGUGCUGGUGCUGGUGCUGGUGCUGGUGCUGGUGCUGGUGCUGGUGCCGGUGCUGGUGCCGGCCUGCCCGAGCCGCCCAAGGAGGUGGAGGAGGUGGUGGAUGAGGUGGACCAAGUCAUGGACGGCGACGACAAGGUCGUCUGAGCGGCGCCGCCAGCCUGCCUCCCGCUGCGGCAGGGCGGGGGGCCCGCUGCCGCGGCGCGGCGGGCCGCAGCGACCCCCACCCCUCCCGUGCUGUGAUGGCUGGUGUGCAGCGCUGCACCCUCCAUGUGCGAUCCCCGCAACGAACUCACACCCAACAAGACCCAAUGCACUGACUGGUCCUCCCCACUCCUUGCAUCCAUCCAUGUGUGUUUACGUUUUUCAUACCAAGCUUCGAGUUGAGACGGACACUCGCUUGUACCGCCACUCGCCUGCCUGUACCUCCUUGCCCUCCCCCACUC